CCAGAGUUCCCUCCAGUGAUUCUCUGGCGGUCAGAGGUCUCAGGCUUCCAGAAAUAGCUCCUCCCCGGAGAAGCCCCACCUUCCUAGCUACCGCCUUAAACUCAGCUCUCCGCUGCGCCUUCUCUUCCCCAGCAAGUGGAGUCUGCGAGAUCUUGAGCUUCAGGAUGGUUCUUGCUAAGAGGUGGACCCUGAAGAAGCACUUCAGUGGCAGCCCUACUAAUAGUGACUUUGAGUUGAAGACUGCUGAACUCCCACCCUUAAAAAAUGGAGAGGUCCUGCUUGAAGCCUUGUUCCUCUCCGUGGAUCCUUACAUGAGAAUAGCAUCCAGAAAAUUGAAGGAAGGUGAUAUAAUGAUGGGGGAGCAAGUGGCCAGAGUUGUGGAAAGUAAAAACUCAGCAUUCCCCAAAGGAACUGUUGUACUGGCUUAUUUGGGCUGGACAACGCACUCCAUCUCUGAUGGGAAAAGACUGGAAAAGCUGCCUACGGACUGGCCAGAUUCACUACCACUGUCUUUGGCUCUGGGGACAGUAGGUAUGCCAGGCCUAACUGCCUACUUUGGCCUGCUUGACAUCUGUGGUGUGAAAGGUGGAGAAACAGUGAUGGUUAAUGCAGCGGCAGGAGCAGUGGGCUCUGUUGUGGGGCAGAUAGCUAAGCUCAAGGGCUGCAAAGUCGUUGGAGCAGCAGGGUCUGAUGAAAAGAUUGCCUAUCUUAAAAAGAUUGGAUUUGAUGUUGCCUUUAACUACAAGACAGUAGAGUCUUUGGAAGAAACUUUGAAAAAAGCGUCUCCUGAUGGUUAUGAUUGCUAUUUUGAUAAUGUAGGUGGAGAGUUUUCAAACGUUGUCAUACCCCAGAUGAAGAUUUUUGGAAGAAUUGCCAUCUGUGGGGCCAUCUCCACAUACAACCGGACUGGUCUGCCUCCCCCAGGCCCACCCCCAGAAGCUGUUAUCUAUCAACAACUCCGCAUGGAAGGGUUCAUCGUCACCCGCUGGCAAGGAGAUGUCCGCCAGAAGGCUCUGAAAGACUUGAUGACAUGGACCUCCGAGGGUAAAAUCCAGUAUCAUGAACACGUUAUUGAAGGAUUCGACAACAUGCCAUCUGCAUUUAUGGGAUUGCUGAAAGGAGAGAAUUUGGGGAAAUCCGUAGUGAAAGCAUGAGAGAAAAAUGACACAGGAGCCACCACUGGACAAUUUAAAUGAUUAGUUUUUCACCAUUCAGUAAAAAUUAGCCUUAAUUAUCUAAAUUAUCUUAAUUGUCUAAAAAUUAGCCUUGAUUAUCUAAGAAUAACUAAUCACUUUGACCUACCUAAUAAAAUGCAUUUAAAUUAUUUAUAAUUAGUGAUAGAGAAUGAAAUUUUCAUAGUUAAGAACAACCAGUCACCAACUUACUACCUACUACUGCUCCUCCCGGGUUAUAGCCAAAAAAUUAUGACUGAAGUCUGUGUGUUAGCUUUCCCUUACUGUGACAAAAUGCCUGAAUAAUCACCUUAAAAGAAGGAAAGGUUUAUUUUGGUUCACUGUUUUGGAGGUUUCAGUCCAUGGUCUGUUGGCCCCACUGCUUUGGGCCCAAUUGGUGAGGCAGUACAUCAUCAGGGAAACGGGUGGGAGAAGCUGCUCAUCUCAUGGCAGCCAGGAAACAAAGAGAAGGACAGAAAGGAGCCAAGACCCAAUAUCCUCUUCAAAGGCAUACUCCCAGUGACCUAAUGUCCUCCCGCUAAGUCCCCUCUCUUAAAGAAUCCACUCCUAAUAGUGCCAGUCAUGAUAAAGCUUUUAACACAUGGGCCUUAGGGGGCACUCAUCCAAACCAAAGCAGAGUCUAAAAGUUUACUCCCUCUGUGGCCUUGAACUUCCAAUUCUUUGUUUUUAAAUUGAAGAUAGUUACCUCCUUCCAGAAAAUGGUGAACCUGAAGUAAUAAGAUCUCUAACCCUACUGAUUAUAACAAAAGUCUCAUAUGAACCAAGAAAAGCAAAUCUCUUCAUUCACAACAGGUGCAAAAAAGAUAGCACCUAGGAAUACUUAUAGACCUUUAAAAUUUUUUUGCAAGAUUUAUAUGGAAAAUGGCUUUUAAAAUUCUGAGGAACACAAAUGAUUUAAAUAUAUGGAAAAAGUAACGUGCUUUUGGACAGGAAGAUUCAAUAUCAGAAAGAUGUCAAUUUGUUGAUCAAUUCUGUCAUCAUUAAGUUAAAUAAAAUUGUGCAAAGAAUGAGGCAAAAACUGUGUAUAAAAACUGGAUGGAUAUAAUAAACUACCAAUAAUGGUCUGUUUUCAAAGAAUAAAACAGUAUGGAAAAUAGAGGGAUAAGAGAAAUCUUUGGAAUGAUAACAUUUGGUACUUUUUGAACUCUGAACCUUACAAAUUUACUCACAAAUACAAUUAAAAAAUAAAAGUCCCUGC